AUGCACCACGCGCAGCGCGUCCGCCUGCUAGCCUCCGUCGCAUCAUCGUCCCCCGUCAAUCCCAACACCGUCGGCCCCUUCCAGGUCUUCGACCGGCACGCAAAGCGCCUGCAGAAGGACCGCGCCGCCGCGCAUGAAGACGGGCAGCGGAGCAGGAUGGUUGACUAUGUGCGUGAUGAGGUGGCGGACAGGAUGAUCGAGCGCUUCCUGGAUAUCAAGCGGAAGUUUAGCUCGAUUCUUGACCUGGGCUCCGGGCCCGGGCAUUUUUCGAGGCUGCUGGAGCCUGAACAGACCGACAAGAUCACGAUGCUAGACCUCAGUCCGCGGAUUCUGCACAGAGACCCAGAUAGCGAGUUUGAAGUGCCAGUGGAGAGACUCGAGGUGGACGAAGAGCAGCUCCUCGCGUCCAUCCCGCGCAACUCACAAGACGCCAUCGUCUCUUGUCUCAGCCUCCACUGGGUCAACGACCUCCCAGGAGUCCUCGUGCAGAUCCGAGAAGCUCUCAAACCCGACGGCGUCUUCAUGGGCGCGCUCUUCGGCGGAGACACGCUCUUCGAGCUGCGCACGGCGCUGCAGCUCGCAGAGGUCGACCGCGAGGGCGGCGUCUCCCCGCACGUGUCUCCGAUGGCCAACCCGCGCGACAUGUCGAACCUCAUGGGCCGCGCGGGUUUCACGCUUCUCACUGUCGACGUCGACGAGGUGCGAGCCGGCUACCCGAGCAUGUGGGAGCUCAUGGAUGAUCUGAGAGACAUGGGCGAGAGCAACGCCGUCCUCGGGCGACGGCACAUCAUCCGGCGUGAUACGCUCGCUGCGGCCUCGGCUAUAUACAAAGAGCUCCACGGAGAACCGGACGGCACUAUACCCGCAACAUUCCAGGUCAUCUAUGUGAUCGGAUGGAAACCUGCACCCACACAGCCGAAGCCCCUCGAACGAGGCACGGGCAAGACGAACCUGCAAGACAUCUUGUAA